AAUGACUGCAAAUACUUUCUAAAUAUUUUUGCGUUUAAGUUUAAACGUUUUAAGUUUUAUUUAAGUUUAUCGAUUGAUUAUUCUAUGUCUUGUUAACUUAAAAAAUAUUUUAUUUGUAAUUAUAUGUAUUUAUGAAUGAGAGAAGUUCUCACAUAAAAACCUAUGGAUGACAACGACAUUGAUAUAGAGGAGCACAAUUUGCUCGAUAACCCAGCAUUGAAAAAUAUAUUUCCUGACAUAUUAGUUUUGAAGCAAGAGCUUCUGGAUUUUGAAAAUGAAGCAUCUACAUUCCAAAAUACACCCGAGAACAAUACGGUUUCUAAAAGUUAUAAUGCUCCAUGUUAUGAAACAACGUCAGAUUAUAUUUCUGCCUUCGAGAUUGAAACAAUUAUUGAACCUUCUUCACCUCCUAGACAGAACAAAAACAUUUUGACGACUAAUAAAAUAAUACUUGGAUCAAAGCCCAAAAAAAGCAAUGUUAAGCACAUGAAUUACACUGAAAAUAUUACAACGCGGAGAGCGAAAAUAGUAUUGAGUGACAUUAAAUAUACAUUAUUAAAUUGCAAAACAUUUUGUGACUUUUGCAGUAUACUUUUUCCAAAUAAAGAUCUUUUUAUAAGACACAUUGAUGUUGCACAUAGAUCUAUAAAUAAAAAACAUCCAAAACAAGUAGUCGAAAAAAUUACUUCUAAAAGAAACCAUGGUGUAACAGAUAAUAAAAUUAAUUAUUGCUAUAUAUGUCAAACAACAUUUGCAAAUAAAUCCAAUUGGUAUCGCCAUAUAAAAAAUAUUCACACAAAUGAAAAUCAAAAUAAAAAUGUUCAAAGGUUAAAGACUAAAAACAAUGUAAAGGGAAACAUGUUUGCAAAUACUGAAACAAAUUUCGAACAUGCUAAUAUUACUUCAUGUUUCCACUGUGCUGACAAAUUUCCGUCCAAAAAAUCUCUAAUUGAACAUUUAUAUGGAAUACUUGAAGCUAAGAAAAAUAAAAUUAAAGAUAUAACUGAAGUCAAUACUAUUAAAAAAUCACUUGCCAGAAUAACCCAAGAAGGUUAUAAAUUAAAAGAUUCUGAUGAAGGGAGAACAAGUCUGCAAUAUUCAAAAAAGAAAAAAAUACUUGAUUUUUUCUUGCAAUGUGCUGUGUGUUCUUGUUAUUUUAGAGAUGAGAGAUUUUACACGAAACAUUUGUUACAUAAGCACAGAGUUAAAAAUGUAUCAAUAAAGAAAGUAAAAUAUACUAAAAAAUGCAAAUUUUGUGCCCAAGAAUCAUUGGAUCCGAAGUCAUAUAAUAAACAUAUAUAUAAUAAACACAGAUUAUAUAUAACAAAGAAAAAUUUGAAAGCUGAGAAGUAUUGUGUUUCUCUAAAUCAGUAUGAAAGUAAAAAUCUUCGAAAUAGCAAAGAUGCCUUAAAAACAAUGGUUUUACCUAAAUUUAUUAUUUUUAAAUGCAACUUGUGUGAAGUUUACUUUAUAUCACCAAAGAUGGCCCUUGAUCAUACAGAACACAUAGAAAUAUUAAUUAAUUGGAAAUGCGAGAAAUGUGAUUUCAUAUUUAAAAGAACUGACUCUAUAUCACAUACUGAACAGCACCUUUACGGAGACACAUUUAAGUCUGUGACAGUAUACAAAGACUCUUAUGAUAAGAUUUUAUAUAAGUGCCCAGCCUGCUGCAUACACUUUGAUGAGAACAAUAUUAAAGAACAUUUCUCUACAUGUCAAGAAAAUGUUUGUCAAUCAAAACAUUGUCACCAAUGUGACAUCUUAAUUGAUCACAAUUUAAAAAUAUCUCAUGAGGAAGUACAUAAAAGGGGGAAACAAAAUGAAGACGACUUUAUUAUUGUAGACAUUGCUUACGAAAGACUUAACGCCCAAAAUGAUAAUUCUCAAAAUAAAAAACAAUCACAAUACCCAGCGAGAAAAAAGAAAAUAAAGUUGAAAACUACAAGAAAACGAAAACAUCCAUAUAAGUCUACUGACCAUACUAAUUUCUUAUUGCAUUUAAAUUAUUGUUCAACUUGUAAAUGUUCUGUAAGUAGGUUGUAUAAGGUUGACUGCCAUAAACAGGGUCAUUGUGAAAAAAUAACUAAGUAUGUUUGCCGUUUUUGUGGUUUAAUUUUUACUAAUAAAGCUGUAGUGGCACACAGGAGAUUACAUACCAACAACAGCAAAUUGCAAUUGCAAAAUUUCACAUUUUACAAUAUGUUUAGUGGAGAAAAAAUAGCACCUCCUAUACCUGAUUUUCCGCAAUGUGAAGGGUGUCAAAUGCAUUUUGUGUACAAAGUUGAACUCCGUAGUCAUUUUUGUGGAAAAUCUGUAGAGUACGAAUGUAGUUUUUGCCAGAAAAAGUUUGAUGAAAAGGCUUACAAGCUACAUAUACCAUUUCAUAAAUAUAUUAUUCAAAACGACAUAUCUACUAGUAUUUGUAGGCCAACUAACAAUAUAGACAUUUGUCAACCAACAGUUUCAGACUCUCUAAUAAACAAGGAUGAAUGCAAUCUUAUUUUUUCUUAUUAUUACCUUUGCAAAGUAUGUGGCUAUAAUAUAGACUCAUAUGAUGAAGUUGUAGAACACUGUCAACGCCAUUUAAGACUCGGUACAGAAAAAUAUAAGCCUUUGCUUGCCGAAACGCAAAAAUGUAAUAUUUGCAAAAUAGAAAUUGUAAAAGAUUCUUUUGAGAAACAUAACAAGCUGCAUAAUAAUAGCAACAAUAUUUCAUUGAAAAUAUUUACAUUUGAAUUAUUCUAUUUUAUAUUAGAUAAUGUUACUUGGUUGAAACAUUUGUUUAGAUCAAUACAGGACAAAGGUCUUGGUACGAUAUUGAAUGAUUCUAUUUAUAAAUGUCAAAAUGGAUUGAAAUUAACAAUUGCUAGAGAAGGUGAUCCACAACUUACAAUUUUCAGAUGUGAUAAGUGCAACUGUGUCGUUGAAGGACACUUACUGUAUGAGCAUUUUGAAAGUUGUAUUUCAGCAUAUUCAAAUACCGCAACAAAAUUUAAGUGUAAAAUUUGUGGAUUUCUGUUUCUUUCAUCCCUUUCUUUAAACAAUCACUUGAAUGUCCAUAGAAGUGUCACUAAUAAAUGUAGAAUAGUAUCAUUUAAUCGUAAAGAAGACGAUGAAUUGAAUAUAAUAAUUCAAAUGAAUAGACGAAGUCCACACUAUGUAUUAUAUAUGUGCAGAAAUUGUGAAGGGCUCGUCAAUAAUCAUCUUUUUAGUAGUCAUGUAUGUAAUAUUAAAGAUCUACAAAAGUGCCGUUAUUGUGGCGUGUUGGUAUAUACGUCAGAGGUGGACUCACACAACGCUAAACAUAAUCAAUUUGAUAGUUUUAUCGAAAAUAAUAUAAAAGUUGUACUUCUUGGAUAUAAAGUUAUUGACGCCGACAAUGAAAUGAAUAGUGCAAAAAAGUGCAAAUUUAAAGGAAUUGUUUGUGACUAUUUAUUUUAUAAAUGUGUCAAAUGUGAUGUUUGUAUUAGAGAUUUUAAGAGUACCUCUGUACAUUCAUGUGCCUCGGGUAAGGCAAAAUGUAUUAGAUGCGAUUUAUAUAUUGAGGAAAGAAUGCUUAGUGGUCAUCUGAAACUACAUGCAAAUGAUCAGGAAUUUAUCAAAGAAAACAUUGUAACAAUUGACUUUAAUCAAUCGAGGCGAUCGUUAGAUGUCGAUACAAAUAAAGAAAAACUAACAAAGCCGGAAGCAUCGGAACAAACAAACGAUAAAUUGUGUGAAGAAAAGGUAGUUGAUAUUUACAGAUGCUCGAAAUGCGGAAUACAUUUCUUGAAGAAGAGUGGUGUUCAAGAUCAUAUAAAGAAAAGCUCCAGUAAGCUUGUCAGUGCGCAAAAUUGUUCUAAAUGUGGAUUGACGUUUUCACCUAAUUUACUGUUCACGCACAUCUUAGAGCAUCACGGUAAAAAAGACGUUAAUUUUAAAUUUAAUGUGAUCGAUGUAGUGGGAAGUUAUAAAACGCAUACAGUUUAUAAAUGUUUAAAAUGUAACCUUCAUUUUGAAGCAAAGAAACACUUAUAUCACUACGCUGUUUGUAGUGGCGACUCGACAAAGGGUGUUAAAGCAAAGUGUUGCGAUUUCGUGUUUCACCUAGCGUCUUUGGCAACUCAUGAAUCCUUUCAUCUAAAUAAUCUCCAUGUUGAUAUUUCGAUUGUUGAGUUGAAUGAAAACUUAACAUCAUGAGCGGGCAGGUAUGGAGAUGACUGGAGAAGCAUAAAUGUUUUUUUUUCUCUGUGUUAUUAGCACUUAUUUUAGAGACAUUGAUCUUCUGGUAAUUGUAUGAUAUAAAUUAGGAAUCCUAUCUCUUGGAUUGUUGUUAGCGUUGUGUGUAUAUGUUAUAUCCUUCCAAUGCUGUCACAGUCUUUCUUCGAUUCUUAGUUAACAUAUAAGUUUAUCUUUUAAUCUGUUGUCAUUUUUCACUAUCUACAUCUCAAAAACAGAGUGAUUCAUGAGGAAAAUUUAGAUAUUGUAUAAUAUUUCUGUGAAAAAUGACGAUGGUUGAAUUUAUAUUUUUCUUUUAUAGGUGUUUAGAAAAAUCCGAGUGGUAAACGUGUAUCUUUUAGGGAUAUUAUAGAAAUUACUACAUCUUUUUUAUGUCUAAAUUAGUUGGGAAGCUAAAAUAGUAUUAAGCCUUAUCAAAUCAAAUACGUUAGUUACCUUAAGAAAUUCUUGCAUAUUAGGUUUAAGCCCUUUUAGGUUUAACACCAUACAAUUUAUAAUAAAACAAUAAGAUAUAGUUACUGCAUAGUAAAAACGAAUGCGCAAGAAUAGUAGAUUGUUAACCGAGGGUCGAAAGAAUCAAUUCCCGAGGUAUUUAGACGCCCGAUCGCAGCGAGGUCGCCUAUAGUCCGAGUAGGAAUUGAUACUUUUACCCGAGUUCUUUUCAUUUCGAAUAUGAGGAAAAUAAAACUAGUUGUUUAUCUAAGCACAGAUUCGUAUCCCGCCAAUUUAUGUCGAUAUUUUAAAUUUCAAAUAUGGAACUUACCGCGUAAUUGUUGCGGUUUGUUCCGCUCAAAGAAGUUUGCGCUAAGUUCACACGGGCUGUUUAGAAAGUCACAUGGCCGCAGCAUUUUUUUUAAUUUGUUCUUUUUUUACAUAAAACUCUUCACAGCAGGUCUUUUUUUUUAAAGUUCAUUCCGGCUCUUAGGUGGGAAGUAAUUUGUAUGAGUUUUUCCCUCUCUAUGGAGGGAAGCAGCAUUUUCCACCCAAUAAUCAGAUCAAAACAUCAUUACUUUCCGAGUAUGAGUAAUGAAAAAUAUAUUGCGGCCCGGUUUGUCAUCGGACUCGCUUGAUGCAACCAAACACUAAGCAAUGCAACCACCCCCCGCGCUGCGUCUCCCAUUGUCGCCGAUACUUGUUGCUUUACAAGUUUACAAGCCUAGCGAUCAUUUCGACCAUUCAAUAUUCAUGAUCUACCUUAGAAACCAUUAUUUUUUAAAUAUAUUCUUAUAAUAAUUUAUUAAACAGUCGUUCGAAUUGAACUAACGUUAAUUAUAGUUUUUUUAAGUAGGUGAAGGACUAGCUAGCGUCUAUGUUCAUGCAAUAAAAUAUAUAAAUAAAAUAAAUUAAAAAAAAAUGUUUUCUGUACAUAGAUAGAUCUUUGUUUGAAUGUUUGAAGAUUGAUUCUUGUAAAUAGGUUUUUAGUUUUAUUUUACGUAACGAAAUACUCGAAAGGUUAAGGUCACUAUGUUUUGUCUACAUAAUAGUACGGUAAUGUUAUCUUUAUAUAUUACUAGCUGACCCAGCAAACGUUGUAUUGCCGAUAUUAAAAUCGCGAUACAAAAGUAAUUGUUGAUUGUAGAUGGGUGAAAAUUUGAAGUUGUGUGUAUUUUUUAUUGCUGACUCAUAAUUCGUGUGGACCACCCUUAACAUUUAGGGGUAUGAAAAAUAGAUGUUGGCCGAUUCUCAGACCUACCGAAUAUGCUCACAAAAUUUCAUGAGAAUUGGUCAAGCCGUUUCGGAGGAGUACGGGAACGAACAUUGUGACAUGAGAAUUUUAUAUAUAAGAUUUAGUCGCAUUACGCAUAUACCGAGACUCCAAGCCGUAAUAAUAAAAAAAAAAUUCAUAAUAUCAUUUCGGAACAACCUGUACGAAAUCUAUUAGCCGCGCGUUUGCGUAGGCACCUACUUCGUGCCGUCUUAUGCGACCAUGUAAGCGUGAUUAAAAUUUUGUUUCUUAAACAUAUAGGUAAUUUGUUUGUUUAAAAAUUUAAAUUAUUUACUUUUAAUUUAGAUUUUUUUACGAUUAAGGUUAGAACAGUGUUUUCAUUUAAAUGUCGCCACUAUAGCGACACGCUGUAUAUUAUAGAUAUCAUUACCUUGCUACUAGAUAGGUAAGUACUUACCCUCAUACUUCAUCAAAUGUGAUUAUUUUAGGUAGUUGAUACUAUAUUAAUUAUUACUUGUAUAAUUAUAGUAAAAACUCAAGCAUUUUUAUUUUGUGUUGUCUUUUUGUAGAAAUAUUGUUAUUUUGCUCAUUGAUACCUAAUUUUAGUACAUUAGGGUGCAUAAUGAACUAAUGCCAUUAAUAUAAUAAUAAUUCUUAAAAUAGGGUUAUGCCAUCAACAUUGUUGUUGAUUUUUGAAAAUAAACUUCUUUGCAAAUUUUUUUUUUUCUUCUUUUUUCAAAUGCGUGACAAGAGCGUUACGAACGAACGCUAGCGUUAGGCGAACGGUGAUUUCUUGAUUAUUUCGUAAUUUCAUUCUAAUUCGUUCUUGAACCAUUUUAUAAAUUUAUAUUUUGUUUUAUUUCAAAGUACAUUUUAUUUUUUUGGUAACUAGUGGUGUAAUAAUUUUAAGUAUUAAAUUACUUAAAUAUGUUGUAUAGUAUGUAAGUAUAAGAUCUUAUUAUAUUAUCACGGACUAGUAAAAAAUAAGGACUCCGUGUCACCUUACAUAACAGUGUAGCACCAAAACAAGCCGAUUAACGUGUAAAUACAUAGCCCCCACGCACACACUUACACUACUACAGGCUGAUAGGCGGCCAUGAUGAGAAUUGUCAUCGUCUGUUACAGAUCAGUUUGCUCAAUAAAAUAUUUUAAAAAAUGCUGUAGUGCGUUGUGAAAUAGUGUAAAAACGAUACUAUAUAAGUAUUAUUUAAGGAAGAAAAAAAUGUGUAACUAGUAUCCCCCGCAACCGCACACACACUAGCAUAACGGUGCUUCACUUGCUAAUAUCACGUCGCGUAAUCCUUCUUUUUUUACUCGUCCGUGUAUAUUAUAUGUGUAGUAUGUUAACUUACUGUUUUGUGAAAAUAUCUACUUGUACUGUUUAUAUUUUAGUCUAAUACAGUUAAAUAAGAUAGUUCAUAA